CUGUUGUUAUUGACGACAUGUCUUUUCCAUUAGGCGGCUCGUUGCAGCCGGAAACGUGCAUGGCAUGUUGCAAAAAUCAAGAUCAAGGGCCUUGUGAGUCGUGCCUGGCAGACAAAAUGGUGCAACAACUCCGUCGAGAAGAAAUCGCUCCUUUUACACUCGACCAGCUUGUCGACCAGGCAGAGCCGAACAAGAGAACAAUGAAUUCAUAUAUUAUAUUUCGCAAAGGACUCGUCCGAUAUCUUCAUGGAACCAAUCGAGCUGGCAAAACCGUAAACGGAAGAGUGAUAAGCCUGAUAGCUACAAGGCUUUGGAAGCAGAUGGAUGACAGUAAGAAGAAUUUCUACACUGAGCUAUCGAAAAGCCUGGGUGGAAGCCAUGCUGGGCACAUGGCUUAUCCAAACAGCGAUUUAUACGGUCCUUAUUCGAUCCCAGAUCCAUUCCUUACGGAUGUUAUAGACAAUCCACAAUUGCAAUCCGUUUGGCCUGAUGAAGCGUCAGAACCUACGAUGGAUAUUUUGAAUGGAUGGCAAACUGAAUAUGACCAGUUCUAUAACGGCAUAAUUGACGGGUUUCUUUAG